UUGAUUUGAUCACUUUGCAUACUAACUACGCCAGUCUGUGUUGUACUUGUUUGUCGGCAUUCCACCAGAGCAUGAACUGACCGAAUCGCUUUCCUGGUGUGGGCUCGUCUGCAUUCACUGGUGCAGUCUUCGACUUCUCAAUCCCGCGAGUUCCGUGCUUGUGGCGCUUCGAUCGUAUACAUCUACAAGCCCUCGCUCAAGUCGGCCCCGCGGUGUGUACAUCCGUUGGCUCGAGACCCUCGCACUUUCUUGCAUCCACCAUCUACACACCCUCCAUCACCUGCAUCGUCUCAUUUCGCUUAUUUGCGUCUUCGCGGGACACUGCCGUUUUAUUUUGCCUCCCGUUACCUGCAUUGUUACUGACAUUCAUCUCACCUAGACCUUGCCGACCAGCUUGCUACACAUCUCCACUCUCCUCACAGUCUAAUCAAUGGCUUCGGAAGUUGGCGGUCGCAAACGAAAGCCUCAGCUAGUUGUCGUUAAUCCUGACUCGGGUAGCUCAGAUGAGGAGAGCCGGCGCCCCUCCUAUGGCAUUUACCGGGGCUAUGUCCCUCCACCUCUUCCCCCGACUCCAGGUCCACCACCACCUCUCACCACGCGCCGCAUGCAAUCUCAUCCGUCCUCACUAUCUUCGCCCUCGACAACCAGUGAUCCAGCGGCCGACGAGUCCACUCAUUCGACGCCACCUCCGUCUACUCCUGGCCUGGACAUUGACUCGGACCGCACAGACAAGGCCGAUAAAUUGGAGCAGGCAAUCCCUCCCCAUUCGUAUACGUCUCCUUCAACAGUCACUAUGUUGCCUCAUGCUACCCUCUCACAUCCUCCACAUCCUCCACCGCGCACACGCCUUCCUCGCAUUCCCAUCACAUCACCCCGCAAGCUUCCGUCUCAUUCUCCGACAGUCAAUACCCCGGAUUCGUACACAUCUCAAUCGUCGACACAUAAGGUCGCAGAUCGCGUCCUCAUCCUUGUAACGGCUGACUCGGAACGUUAUGUGAAUGUGGAUAUCAGUGGAGCAUCUAAUCCUGCAUUCAUCCGCGAGCGCGUGUUCACCAAGCUCAACAUCUACGACGACGAGGACCAGUCCUACUUUUCAAUUUACCGCACCGAAAUAGGCAGUCUCGCGACCAGUGAUGCGUUGUCCGACGAGAAGCUGUUCAGUCUGUGCCGGGAUUUUGGUGACGAAAAAGGAUCCUUGAAACUUCUGGUCUCGCAUUCCUCUGCUCGUGUCCAUGAACCUCUCCCUCCUCUCAACAGCGCGCUAUCUCCGACGGGCAUGGUCCCUCCAUUUGUGCCCUUUUCACCUCCGACGCAUGGACCUCUCAAGCCACGACGAAUGUCUCGAUCCCGUAAUGGAAGCAUGUCGUCUGCCAGCGAGAAUCUGGCCUCAGAAACGACUGGAUACGAUGCGGACUUUGAGAAAGAUAGGGCACCUCCAGCCAGUCUCACUGUGCCCAACGGGAGACCGCUGCCUGCUCGGGCCGGAUCUCCGCUUCCAUCGAGGUCGUCGUCGCCGUUGCCCCGAGACGCGACCGUGCUGGUGGACAGAUAUGGAAACAUCAUGCCCGUGCCUCCGCCUCCUCCUCCGCUUUCGCCGAACCGAGCGACGUUCGAAAUCGAGGAUGAAAAUGUCACGCCGCCUGGUACACAGAUCCACGCCCGGGUUGCGUCGGAAGAUUAUCCACCGUCUCGUCGACCGCUCGAGGGCAGGUCCUGGCGCCCUCGAAUGGAUUCUUCCAACGAACGCUCGCGUGUCAAGAACCAUUAUCACAGUGAAGAGGAAAGUCCCAACCAGGAAUGGGUUAUGGUGCAGAACGACACCGGGCACUCGGGUGAACUUCGUCAAUCACCGGAAGUUCGUCAUCUCCCUGAAGUGCGGUCGUCGCACAGGACGCAGCCAUCAUCUGAAGUGCGGCAUUCGCCCAGCCGCAACACCAGAAACCAUUUUUCGCCGGCCAAAUACAAUAAACCUGUCUCGCCAUACACAAGACUGGCUAUUCCCGCUCCUCCAAGGAACGCGCCGCCGCCGAUUCCUUCAUCCCAAACCGAUUCGCGCAUCGCAACGCGAGGGCUGAUGUUCAACUCGUCGCACAAGCUUGCUCCGAUGCCAACCUCAUCGACGACUUGGAAACGGCUGACCAAAGGCGCCAAGAGUAUGGACAACCUGCGCGGCUCGGCGAUAAACUCCCAUCCGUCAAAUUUGCAAGCGGGAGGAGCAAGACACCCUGCAAUGCCCAUCAACGUGCCUCUGAGCACACCCAAUUCGACCUUGGGUGCCCCCAAGUCGUACGAAAGUCGGCAUAUACGACCUUUGCCCAUCCAAGGCUCGGCUCACGUGACACCCACCAUCCACGAGCUCAGUCCAGUGUAUGGCUCGCGGUUGCCGAGCGGACAUCCGUCCAAUGUCAAGUCACCCAAGGAUCCAUACCCUCGUCCGCAAUCUGCUUUCGGAGACUCGCUGACAUCACCGAGCGGAAGAUUUGCACGAGCCCCGUCCCCUACGCAUGUGUUUCCUACUUCGGCACUACCGUAUCGAGUGAAUCGGCCGUCAGACACUCGGCCGUCAGACAGUCCUGUCAGUCCAAGGAGUCCGAGAUUUAUAGCACGACCGUCAUCCUCGUCCAGUUCCAGCGGCGACCUGCCCGAUAUCCCAACGGCUAUUUCGACAGAACUGGAUGGUGGCCGCUGGGCUGCACGGGUGCUCGCGAAGAGCGCACAGCUGAUGGGAGACAUGGAAUCGGCGACCGUCAUACCCGACAGGCCGUCGCUGAACUCGACACUGAGCACGACCCUAGGCUUUGGAGGAGACGGAACCGGCACGUCCUUCAGCACUGGUACGUCGAUGACGACCUUGUCAUAUGACUCGGACAGCGACGAGAACACUGGGACCUGGAAAGUCGCACCCUCCGGCCCAGCCGCUUCCAAGUCGAAUUUGCGCGGUCCUGCAUUGACUGUGAGAAUAAACGAUAGCGAAGACGGCCCACUCACCAGCAGACCGACAAGUGGCGUGUCCAGUGGACGAUCUCCAUCCGCUCGAUCCCCUUCAUCUCGAACUGGACAGGGGGUCCGUGCCAGCACCUUCACUGUCCGUGAAGAAGCCACCUGGGCACCUAGACCACCUUUGGACGAUGUCUACGAGCGUCUGGAAGACUUUUUCCCCGAACACGACCUCGACAAGCCCGUUGUCGAAGCUAUUUCCGGGAGCGCGUCCCCGACAGAGCCUGUGCCGGCGCCUCCGGUCGUUCCCGAGAAAGACAAGGGCCGUAUUCGAAGCAAGAAGAGCAUCCGCAUUGUCGCUCAGGAGCGUAAAAAAUACAUAGACAGAACUUCCAGGAUCGGCGACUCGCUCACCGCCGUCCAGCGCAAGCGCAGCACCAAACUGUGGGGUAGUCGCGUCGAAGAGGUGGUCGAUACGGCCACUCUGCCCGAGUCACCGUCGACCAGUGAAGGUCCCACCACCUUCAAGUGGGUCCGUGGUGAACUCAUCGGCCGAGGAACAUACGGCCGAGUCUAUCUUGCUUUGAAUGUUACAACUGGAGAAAUGAUAGCGGUCAAGCAAGUCGACAUUCCGCGCACUGCUAGCGACAAGAACGACUCCCGCCAGGUCACGGUUGUGCAGGCCCUCAAACUCGAGAGUGAGACUCUCAAGGUACUCGAUCAUCCCAACAUCGUUCAAUAUCUCGGCUUUGAGGAGACUCCUUCCAAUCUGAGCAUUUUCCUGGAAUACGUCCCUGGUGGAUCAAUUGGCAGCUGUCUGCUCAGACACGGCAAAUUCGACGAGGAUGUCACCAAGUCGUUCACAUCGCAGAUUCUCGCUGGGCUGGAAUAUCUUCAUUCCCAGGGCAUCUUGCAUCGGGAUCUCAAAUCAGACAAUAUCUUAGUCGAAAUGUCGGGUGUCUGCAAGAUUUCUGACUUUGGUAUUUCAAAGCGGACUGAGGAUCACAACGACGCACAUACUGCCAUGCAAGGCACGGUUUUCUGGAUGGCGCCCGAGGUCAUCAACACCGGAAAAAAGGGCUACAACUUCAAAAUUGACAUCUGGAGUAUCGGGUGUGUCGUGCUCGAGAUGUGGGCUGGCCAACGACCCUGGACGGGUGAUGAAUUGGUGGCUGUGAUGUUCAAGCUCUUCCAAUCCAAGCAGCCACCGCCCGUUCCUGAAGGUUUGGUGCUCACACCGUUGGCUGAUGAGUUCCGGAAGAAAUGUUUUGCCAUCAAUCCCGAGGAGCGGCCGCCUGCUUCAGAGCUGCGGAAGGAUCCUUAUCUCGUCCUGACUCCGGGGUGGCAAUUUGAGGGCUUUGAACCCAAAUCGCGACCGUCGGACAGUUGAUUGCGUUCUACUAAUUGGACACGCCCCGCACAGCAUCAUCUACACGCAUUUCUGUUGUUCAUGUUAUAACGUCUGUAGCAACACUUUUAAUUCCUGGUACCGUCCAUCCCGUGAUUUGGAUUCUGUACGACUAGCCAUGUAUAGUCAGUCAUGAUAUUGCAUAUCGUCCCCAAUGA